GCAGCUGGGGGAGGCCAGCUCUGCAGACAGCUGGACAGAUUCUCCAGGGGAAACAGAGGCACCAGGACAAGCUCCAAAGCUUUGUACAAAGAAGGUGGAUGUCGCUUUACGGAGGGGAAACUAAGGCAAACAAAACUGAAGCCACCUACAAGAGCCAGCAAUGAAGACAAGACUGGGUCUAGGCCUCCUGCUGCUGUUUUUCCUCUUGCCGGCCUGCCUGGCUGUGGCCGGGAGAGAGACGCCGUACGAGAAGUUCCAAAGGCAGCAUAUCGACACCUCCGGGAGCUGGGAGACCGACCCCAAUCGCUACUGCAAUCUCAUGAUGCCACGGAGGAAAAUGACAGUGUCCUUCUGCAAAGAUCUCAACAGCUUCAUCCACGGGGAGCUGGCAAUGAUAACCACUGUCUGCGGCUCAGGAGGGACACGACAUCACAAGAACUUUUACUACAGCAACUCUCCCUUCCAGGUCACUGACUGCCAGACAACGGGAGCGUCUCUCUGGCCCCGCUGCGUUUACAGGGGAGACAUCCGCAGUAGGAGAAUUUGCGUUGCCUGCGAAAAUGGGCAGCCUGUGCACUAUGCCCGGCCGUCGCUGUGUGGUGGCCCGUGAGCCGUGGGGCGGACAUGCAGCCCUGCAGCUCCCCUGGGCUUUGGCAAUGCUGGCAGCCCUGGGCGCCCGUAGCUGCCGGACGCCAUCCUCAUCCUCCUCCCCAACAGAGUAUAUGGGCACCUCAUUGGGGACAGCAACAAAGACUGUUGUUUCUUUUUCUAUGGCAAAUUAUAACUGCCCCCUCCCCAGCCUGAACUGGCUCCUGCCCUCUAGUGACCAUUAUACAGUAUAACCGCUCCUUCCCUCCCCCACCCUCUGCUGC